UUUUAAUAUAAUUAUAACAACAUGAAGGCAAUUCAUAAUUAUGUGUUGACAGAUCUGCUAGGCAAGGGAGCUAUGGGAGAUGUCUACCAAUGUCAAAUGAAGAAGAAAGCCAAAAUACCUUCUGCUACCAAAGCCAGAAUGAGACCUGGAAGAAAAGUUGCAUGCAAAGUUGUUAAAUUUAAGAAUAUUAGCAAGCUUCAUAAGAAGUAUCUAACAAAGGAAAUAGAGAUUUUAAUGAAGAUCCAGCACGCCAAUAUUGUUAGGUUCCUCGAAGCCAAGAAGUCUAGCAAUAAUAUUUACAUUUUCAUGGAGUUUUGCAACGGGGGAUCUCUCAGGAGAUUCGUGGAACUCCAGGACGGAAAAUUAGAAGAGGAACUAGUACAGCAAAUUACACAACAAAUAGCUGCAGGGUUAAAUCAUCUUAAUGAUAAUGGCGCAAUGCAUCGAGACCUUAAGCUGGACAAUAUCAUGCUAAAUUUCCCAAAAUAUACCGGCAGCGGGAGCGUACCAGACGAAUACAUUGAAGAGUUUGAUUAUACCAAUGAGGAGUUAGAAGUAAUUAUUGGAGAUCUUGGUUUUGCAAGAUCUAUUGGGGAAGAUGAGCUUACCUCUUCAUAUUGAGGCACUCCUGUAAAUAUGGCUCCAGAAAUCAUGAAUGGGGAGUCAUAUAACUCGAAGUAUGGUAUUCCUAAAAAUCUCAAAGCAUCAAUUUCGUACCUUCAUUUGCUAGGCAAGUGAUUACAGUAUUACCCUGAUGAUAGGAUUAGCCAGAAAGAGUUGAUUUCUCAUCCAUUUCUUACUAAAAAGGAUAAUUCAGAUCUCAUUGACUUAGCUGAGAUUUUAGGUCUCAAUGAUGAUCCUUCUUUUCAAGCUCCAUACAGUUCACUAAACUUCACUACAAUGAAUGCAAUUUUGCUGAAUAUCCAGGAUCCAGGAAUCAUGACCGAAUUUAUCAAUAAGAUCAGAGACUUUGCAGCAAAAGAUUAUUGAGAAUUUGAAUUCACAGGGUGUGAUGACCUUUCUCUCCGAUCUUCCACAAGUACUAACCCAUCUGGUGAGAAAGAGGUUCUUGCUGAAGAAUACAAAAGGUUUGGACAUCUCGAAGAAGUAGAUACUCGUAAAAGGUCAGAAGAGGUUGAUGAUAGAUCUCAAAAAGACACUCGUAUGGCCUUUAACUUUAGCUUAUCACCAACUAAAGGGUUCACCCAAAAGCAGGUUUUAAAUACCGAAGAACUUUCUAGCUCAGCUAAGCCAUCCUCUGUAUCUCAAAGUCAGUGUGUUCCCUUGAGGUGUACAGAGAAGCCCUCUGAUCAGUCUCAAGCGAUUGACAAGGUCGGAAAAGAAGAGGAUGGAUAUAAGACCCAGAGCACUCAGGAAUAUUCCCAGAAUUCCUCUCAAGCGUCUAGGAAGGAGGCCCCAGAGACUUUCCAAGGAUAUCAGCACGAUUUCUUGGAAAAAGCCCAAUUCGAUCCUACUAAUGACGCUUAUCCUUUGAAUUAAUCUAACUCCAUAUUUAUAAGUGCUGUUUCAAC